AUGCUGGAGAAAAUAGAUCUCGUGCCCGAACAGCCACCUUCGAAUCCAAAGGCCGAGCGGUUCGUCCCCAAGUUCAUCUAUCAUGAUCCAAACUACCCGACUCCGGCAAUCAAUAUCCGAGAAGACUUCUAUGGAUCUCGGCGGCGGUUGAAGGUAGCCGUGCUAGGCGCCGGUAUGAGCUGUCUGAGCUUCUUGCAUCACUUGUUUGAACUGGUUCCCCGAGACACCGUGGACGUAACCGUUUACGAUAUGAAUGAGGAUGUCGGCGGUGUAUGGCAAUCGACGACAUAUCCCGGCUGUCGAAGCGAUAGCCCAAGUGCGACGUACCAGAUUCCGUGGCGACCACAUAUCUGGUCUCAGUUCUACGCCCCUCAAGAAGAGAUCAAGGAGUAUCUGCAGACCGUAGCCGGGGAGAACGACUUCUACCCACUCAUGAAGCUUCGACAUGAAGUCGUGAGGGCAGAGUGGCGGACUGAGGAAGCGAAGUGGACGUUGAGAAUUCGAGAUCUCGUAGCAGACGCCGAAUUCGAGGGUAAAUCCGAUAUGUUUGUUGAAUGCGAUGGGCCCGUGAGCAAGCCUCAAAUCCUUGUCGAAGGACUGAACAUAUAUCAGGGUGUCGUGGUCCAUUCAGGAGACUGGCCAGAAGACCUCGAUCUUAAAGGCAAGCGAGUGGCUCUGAUGGGCUACGGCAGUUCUGGAGUUCAACUGGCCCCGAACAUUCUCCUCAGAGUAUCCAAGCUGUAUACCUGGUUCAGAGGCCGAGCUUACAUGGCGCCGCCUCCGUUCCCAGGAUUCGCAUAUGAUGUCCAAGGAACCAAUUUCGCUUACAGCGAGCAACAAAGGGCCCUUCUUCAUGAUCCGGAUGUAUACUUGGCGUAUCGCAAGGCGCUGGAUGAUGAUUUCAACCGGCAGUUCGACUUGGUUGUGAAUGGCAGCGAGACGUCGAAGAAGGUCCGACAACUCAUCAAAGCGUAUAUGCAGGAGAAGCUGAAGUCCAAGCCGGGCCUGUAUGAUAUGAUUCGGUACUUGGAAGCUCUUGUUGACGAGAAAACCACUGUUUUCCAAGGAGAGCCUCGCCAUUUCACCCCAAACGGCUUCCUAGACCCCGAUGGCAUCGAGCAUGAGGUCGACGUAGUCAUCGCAGCGACUGGCUACGAAUAUGAGCAUAUGCCACGAUAUCCGAAGAUUGUCGAUGGUGAAGACAUAGCGACUUGGUGGGCCAGUCGUGGAGGAUUCGGACAUACCUACAUGGCUAUAUGCUCGGAACACAUGCCAAACUACUUCAAUCCUGGCACGGCGUACUCGGGCCUGUAUAGAAGCUUCUUUCAACCGGGAGAGGGGCUUUCGAUCUAUAUGGCCAAGGUAAUAAACAAGAUGCAGCUGGAGCGAAUCUUGAGCUUUGUGCCGAAAGAGCGAGCAGUGAAUCACUUCGUCAGGCAUGCUGAUACGUUCAUGCAACGAUGGGUCCAAUCCGGUCCUUGUCAGGCCUUUUACAAGAGCCAUGGUCGACCACGACUCUGGCCAGGAUCGUACAGCCAGUACAUGCAGAUCUUGGAGAAUCCCCGCUUCGAGGAUUUCGACAUGGUUUAUGAGGAUGAGGACGAUAUAUUCUCCUACUUCGGCAAUGGCUUUGCUCUGCAUCCAGAAGGGUUCGAGGAGGAAGAGGACAGCUCGUGA